UCAGAUCAACCAGCGACAGUAAAAGGAGUGAGCACAAGGGACUAAAUAAAGGGUCGCCCCUGGCCAUAAUACUCGCACGGACAAGCACGAGCACAGGAACAAGUUCACAAUGGCCAUUCCAUCUCCAUCGCUUUCCUUUGCCGUCGUCGUCGCCGUGCUCUUCCUUCCCUGCCCGUCCCUCGCCGGCGACCCCGACUUUCUCCAGGACAUCUGCAUCGCGGAUCUCACGUCCACCGUGAAGGUGAACGGAUUUCCCUGCAAGGCCACCGUGACAGAGGACGACUUCUACUUCAAAGGCCUCGCCAACCCCGGUAACACCGACAACACCUACGGCUCCGUCGUCACCGGCGCCAACGUUGAGAAGGUGCCGGGCCUCAACACCCUCGGCGUGUCGCUGUCACGCAUCGACUACGCCCCCGGUGGCCUGAACCCGCCGCACACCCACCCUCGCGCCACCGAGAUUGUCUUCGUCCUGCAGGGCACCCUGGAUGUGGGCUUCAUAACCACCGGGAACAAGCUGAUUGCGAAGACCAUCACUUCCGGCGACGUCUUCGUCUUCCCCCGCGGUCUGGUACACUUCCAGAAGAACAACGAGGACGCGCCCGCCGCCGUUAUAUCGGCCUUCAACAGCCAGCUACCCGGCACGCAGUCCCUCGCCAUGACGCUGUUCGCGGCGACGCCGGAGGUGCCUAAUAAGGUGCUCACCAAGGCGUUCCAGGUCGGUAGCAAGGAGGUGGACAAGAUCAAGUCCAGGCUUGCUCCGAAAAAGAGCUAAGUGAAGUGAGCAAUUUGCGUGUCUGAUGGUACUUUUCCGGCGACUUGUUGGGUUUCACAUGUAUCUCUACUAAUUUGCAACUGUGCAUCUCAUUCUUCUGUAAUGCUGCUCUGCAGCAUGUACAAAAAGCUAGUUGGUGUAAUAAGAUGCAGGGUUACAGCUUGUUUGUUCAUUCCAAAUUCAAUCAUUUGACUGAUUAUGGUGA